AGUUAACCAACCAAUAAAUUAUUCCUAUGAAAGAGUUUGAGACGAGAGACAUUUCCGUACCCUCGUACCUUUCGGAACUCGUUUACACGCAUCAUUCCACUUCUCGUUCCAAACACAACAAUAGUCUAUAUCCUUUUCUUUUCUUUUCUUUCUUUUUCUCCUCUAAUCCUCUUCUUUCAAGAAUUUCCAUUGACGAAGAAGCAUAAAUUGAUUCCCUAGGGUCCACCAUCACCCAAUAUUUUCAUAAUUUCUUUUUUGCUUUCGUUCUCGUACCAGGAAAAAACAACACGAGGCUGCGGUCCAUGUUAAUUCAAGUGAUUCACCGUAUUAUGUGAAGGUUGAUGUAAGUGAGAUUGGUGUAGGAAUUAAUUUGUCACAAGGGUUUGAAUGUGGACAGCAUCGCAGUGUGUUUAUGCACACGACAAAUCUUUGAAUCAUGUGAAUUCUUUUUGUUUUGACUGAUUUUCUGUUGCAUUGAUUGCUGUUGUGACCAUUGGCUAAAUUGGUCUGAAUGGAGCAUCUUGGUAGUCAGUUCAUUUCACAUUAAUGCCUUGAUACGUUUCUCUUUAACCAUACAGAGUUAAUAUUAUAAAGAUUCAUCAUGGCUACAAAAGGGAACCCUGGAGACAAUAGAAAUAAUAGGAGUCCAAUGUCUGUUUUCAUCAUAGUUGGUUUGUGUGGUUUCUUCUAUAUAUUGGGUUUGUGGCAACGGAGCGGCUUUGGAAAGGGAGAUAGCAUAGCUGUUGAGAUUACUAAACACACAGAUUGCAGUGUUCUAUCUGAUCUAAACUACGAGACUCACCAUGAUGAUGAUUUUGGAACAUCUGAUGGUUCUGACAUACAAGUCAAGCAGUUCAAGCCUUGCGAUGAUCGUUACAUUGAUUUCACGCCUUGUCACGAUCAAAUGCGAGCGAUGAAAUUUCCUCGAGAAAAUAUGGCUUACAGAGAAAGGCACUGUUUUCCUGAUGAAGACAAAUUGCGUUGUCUCAUACCUGCCCCAAGAGGAUAUGCAACACCAUUUCCGUGGCCCAUGAGUCGUGAUUAUGUACCAUAUGCAAAUGCACCUUACAAGAGUUUGACAGUUGAGAAGGCUGUGCAGAAUUGGAUACAAUAUGAAGGAAAUGUUUUCAGGUUCCCUGGUGGUGGAACGCAAUUUCCCAACGGCGCUGAUUCUUACAUUGAUGAACUUGCAUCUGCUAUUCCAUUGGACAAUGGGAUGGUUAGAACUGUAUUGGAUACUGGUUGUGGGGUUGCUAGUUUCGGUGCAUACCUGUUUAAGAAAAAUGUUAUUGCUAUGUCAAUUGCACCAAGGGACUCUCAUGAAGCACAAGUUCAAUUUGCUUUGGAAAGGGGUGUUCCAGCAAUCAUUGGUGUUCUUGGAACAAUAAUGCUUCCCUUCCCGUCCGGAGCUUUUGAUAUGGCACAUUGUUCUCGCUGCUUGAUUCAAUGGGGUUCAAAUGAUGGAAUAUACAUGAAGGAAGUGGACCGGGUUCUUAGACCUGGUGGUUACUGGGUAUUGUCUGGUCCUCCUAUCAACUGGAAAACGCAGUUUCGUGCGUGGCAGCGUCCUGAAUAUGAGCUUGAGGAGGAACAACGGAAGAUUGAGGAAAUUGCUAAACUUCUAUGCUGGGAAAAGAAAUAUGAAAAAGGUGAAACUGCGAUCUGGAGAAAACAAUUGCAAAGUAGUGAUUGCACUGAUAGAGAAACUCAAACAACAAUGUGUGCAACCACAUAUUCUGAUGAUGUCUGGUACAAGAAAAUGGAAAAUUGUGUAACUCCUAGUAAACCUACUGGUCCAUGGAAGCCAUUCCUAGAGAGACUCAAUGCUGUUCCUUCCAGAAUUACCAGUGGAUUUGUUCCCGGUGUAUCUAUGGAAGCAUUUGAAGAGGACAACCGAUUAUGGAAGAAACAUGUGAAUGCUUACAAACGGAUCAACAAAAUCAUUAGCUCGGGGAGGUAUCGGAACAUAAUGGACAUGAAUGCUGGCCUGGGAAGUUUUGCUGCUGCACUGGAAUCUCCCAAAUUAUGGGUUAUGAAUGUUGUGCCCACAAUUGCCGAGAAAGCUAACUUGGGUGUUAUAUUUGAGCGUGGAUUGAUUGGCAUUUAUCAUGACUGGUGUGAAGGCUUCUCCACAUAUCCAAGGACAUAUGACCUUAUCCAUGCAAAUGGUGUUUUCAGCUUGUACAAGAAUGGAUGUGAUGCAGAAGACAUUCUAUUGGAGAUGGACCGUAUAUUACGGCCCGAAGGAGCAGUAAUAUUCCGAGAUCAAGCUGAUGUGCUAGUGAAGGUGAAAAGAAUUGUGAAAGGAAUGAGAUGGAAUACCAAAAUGCUGGAUCAUGAGGAUGGUCCAAUGGUUUCAGAGAAGAUGUUGUUCGCUGUCAAGCAGUAUUGGGUUGCAGGUGACAACACCACUAGCUCGGAGUGAUGAACCUAAGCAGUGUUGAAAUGGAAGAACAGUUCCCAAAUGGCAUUUGACAAACUGAUUCUACUUGUGACUUGGAUUCAAGAUAUUUCCAGCUGAGUCAGAUGUGGCCAUGAAAUCGUCUGGUGUCUUAACAUCUGUGGUAUAUAUAUUUUUUAUUUCUUUUUGUUAAAUUGUAGAGUUUAUAGUUGUCCGUCCUAUUUGUUAGAGUUCACAAAACUUAGUCAUAAGAUUUGUGUAUUUGGCUCUUCCAUAGUUACAUUUUGUACUUCUAAAGCAAUCAACCCACAAAAGACUCUUUAGAUCAUCAAGAUAUAGAUAUGAUCUUGAAGUCAUGAAUCA